CGACUCAAGCGGUUAUGCAUUACAUAAUCAGCAAAAAUAAAUGAUGCAGGAAAGUGAAUAAAUUUUUAGUGUCAUCGCAAUUUGCCAUGUUGAAAACGAUUUCUCAACUGACUACCGCAGUAUCACCUUUUCAAGUAUGGCUGAAACGUCAGCCAGUGUGCAGCUUGUACUGUGCGGUCGUAUGUUUCGGUGGUUCGUGUAACGAUUUAUUUCGCGUUAUUACGCAUCGUGCUAAAUGUUCCGCGAUUCGGCUGCACAACGCUUCGAGACUGAGGAGUAGUCAGUCAAACGGAAAUUGUGUCAGCACAUGCAGCGGAGUAGAAAAAGGCGAAAUGGCACCAACGCGUGUUAUUCUUAUGUCGUGUGGCAGUUAUAACCCUCCAACCAAUAUGCACUUGAGAAUGUUUGAAAUUGCCAGAGAUCACCUCCAUCGAAUGGGAACGCAUAUUGUGGUUGGCGGUGUUAUAUCUCCAGUACAUGAUGCAUAUGCUAAAAAAGAAUUGGCAAGCGCAACUCAUAGAUGUGCUAUGUUAAAAUUGGCCUUACAAAAUAGUGAUUGGAUUCGAUUGAGCACUUGGGAGACCAGGCAAAAUGGAUGGACGAAAACUAGAAUUAGUUUACAGCAUCACCAAAAUUUGUUAAACUCUGUUAUAUUUGAUCCUAAUACUUUGAAUCAUAUAUCCAGUGAAGAUUUGGAAUGGAUACCUGAAAAUGUGAAAAAUAGUUCUGAUCGUACUCCAAUUCAAAUUAAAUUGCUCUGUGGUGCUGAUUUAUUAGAAAGUUUUGGAACAUAUGAUCUUUGGGCUGAAGAAGAUAUUGAUGCGAUUGUUGGUGAACAUGGUCUUGUAGUUAUUACCAGAGAGGGAUCUAAUCCCAACAAAUUUAUUUAUGACUCAGAUAUUCUCUCCAGGCAUAUGCACAAUAUAUACAUAGUAACUGAAUGGAUUCCAAAUGAAGUUAGCUCAACUAGAAUACGGAGGGCACUAAAGCGGGGCGAGAGUGUCAGGUAUCUCCUACAAGAUGCUGUGAUUGAUUAUGUCUAUAAACAUGGGAUUUACGAUGCGAAGACAUCAGCGUCCACAAUUAAGUUGGAACUGACCUCGCCGAACGCGAAUAAUUACUUGACCAUUGAUUCCAAGUAUCAAAGCACGUUUCUUACGCCGUCGCCUAGCGACGUAACCAUGGAAUCCCCGAGUCCGAUCGAAAUAAUAUCCAUCGACGUGCCGGACACGGUACUGCGUAAGAAUAUCCAGAACGCGGGCGGCACGGGCUCCCGUCACGGGGGCCUCGAAGAGGCCCGCGAAAAGUUCAUAAACGCCCUAGUCGCGGAGAACGGUAACGGCAAGCACUUAACCACCGCGAAGGCCGCGUACCCGGGUCUCGCAAAACAGAUCAUCGCCACCGAAACCGGCGAGUCGCAGAUCCUCGACGAGGUAGGUUUCGUUGACGAUGAUAGGAGAGGCAGGAAGAGGGUCGUUAGAGUCCAGCCACGGUCCAGUCAGGUAGAACAGGCGUCCCCGAGCGUCGCCACCUCGUCGAAUAACGAGGACGCCGCGGUACAGGUCCCCAAAAGCCAAAGCGUCGAGCCUAGGGAUCUCUUAGACGAGAAUAAAACCCGAACGGCGCCCGAAGGCGACACACUGGGAUUAACCGACGGCAAACCGGCCGAUCGUAAAUCUUCGGUGUCGUCUUCGGGCGUCCCCGUAUCAGUAGAUAACAGCGGUCGUCACGAGUGCGCUUUGUCAGACUUCAGCGUAGACAAAGAGGAUUACAGACUCACGCGGUAUGGCUUAGAUGCCGCGCUGGAUGACGAGGCGCACGAGCAGAGUGAGGAUCCUGCCAUGGGUGAGCAGCCUGAUCGUCAGGAAGGUGUCGAGUUCGGAGAAAAUUUCCCAAACGAUAGCGCGAGAUGUUCCAAUACCCAGGUCCUGGUCCUUGUUAGCGCCAUGAUCCACAAUCCCUUCGAGAAAGAGGGCGCGGCAACUUUGAUCUUGGAAGAGAACGGGGUUCACAGUAAAGGGGAGAUUACGAUAUUCAAGGGUGAGUCCGAUGGGAGUAUCGAUAAGGUUUUAUUGGUACAGUCGCCUGUGCCGUCCUCGAUCAGCGACGAGAGUACGGUUAAGAUUCAGGAAAUCGUUGACGAUCCUUCGGAGCCCUUGGAAUCGAAACCGGAGGGUCAAAUAGGUUCGGAUGAGACGUCCAACAAGCGGGACGUGAACCUCGAAAUCGAUGGUAAGUAUCUGAAGUCUGUGGUGAACUCUCGUAAGAGUCCUAGGAAGACGAAGAACGGUCAGAUGCGAUUACACAGCGAGGAUGCAGAGAAGCAAAUGAAGGAUGACAAUGAGACAGAAAAGAAGAACACUGAUUCGUAUACGCAGUCCGAAGAAACCGUCUACCAAACGUUGUCGGAGACUUCUUCGAAGAUUUCUUCAAAGAUAAAGAGUCCCAGGAAAGAAGGAAAGUCGUCUCGAUCCCAGAAAUCGAGCAGCACUUCUAAGACUUACGAGUCUGCGAUCAGUGACGAGAGAUCGAAGAAGGAUUCAUCGAUGACUCAAUAUUACACGCCGUUGAAAGGGAGCUUGGACUCCGUGAUCGUCACCAGCGAUUCGAGAACAGUCUCUAGGCGGCGAGUAAAGGCCAACGAGACUUUUUCAAAGAAAUCUAAGAGCUACGAGUCGAUCAAAAAGAUUCAAGAAGUGUGCUACGAAGAUUCCAAAGCUGACAGCACUUCCCAGCUAAUCACGGCCAAUGAACUGGACAUGCAAACCGAUGAGUUUUGCUCGGUUUGCUGUUACGUAAAUGAGAUGUCUUUGAGGACGGAAGAGGGCAUCGCUAGUCCCAAUCAAGACAAUUUCUAUACACUGCAGUCGAACUGCAGUUCUCUUGCGGACGAGGACUCUACGGAGUGCGAUAUCUGCAGCUCCUGGAACCUCCAAGAGUCCACUGAUGUCUUGGACAGAAGGCUUCCUGCAAAUGAAUGUGAUCAGCUCUGCGAGGUCUGCGAAAUCUGCGGCGAAAUAUGCACAACUUACAAUCCUGAUCAAGAAGUCUUCCCUUCGAGAGAUCCCAGAGAUCACAGUCGGAUAAUCGAGUCUUCCUCGAGAAGUCUUCCUAAGAACAGCUCCAGAAUCGACAACACUAUCACCGAUGUGACUUUGGAUGAGGACAGCUUUGAGAUCGAGAACUGUGGCCUACAAAGCGGUCCCGAGUCUUCAGAGACAUUGGCUCACGACAAGAAACACCUGUCGUCCUUCACUUUGUCCGAGGCAGGUGUAGUCAAGAAGAAGUCGAGAGACAUGUACUUCAUCCCCAAAGACGAGAUCGAGAUCCUGUCGAGCGGCGGCAGGCGGAUCAAUCGUAAGGCUUCGCUGAUCAAGAAGAAGCCCGAGGAUCCAACAAACGCGUCCCAGGAUAAAAGACUUUAUUCGUCAGUGGACAAUCUUCAACUAGCCAAAGUAUCUUCUAGGAGUAACGACAAGGUUCUUAGGCCUAAGAACAGCAAGCUGAUCGGUUCAGCGGACAAUAUUCGGACCUCGAAGAGUUCUAGGAGAUGCAAAUCGUUGCAGAGGUCCGCUGAUAACGUGAGGUACGUGGAUUCGUCUACGGAUAAUUUGGAUUCCCUGGUAGAGAGUCUGGAUAAGGAAGAAGAGAAUCAGGGUACUGUCGAUUGGACGGACAAGCCGAAAAUCAGGGACAACGAAACGGUGAAGAUGAUCCUGACGAAGCAUGGUAUUAAGAUAAUCAGUGAGAAGGAGACCGCUCUGUAAUCGAGGGACGGAGGAAUAGUCGGAUGCAAUGAGAAAUGUUGUUUUGUCGGAGGAAACCGCUCACAUUAGUUCGAACAGAGUAAAAUAUACGUGACACAAAUUAGCUGGAACUCUCGUUUAGGUAAAAUUUGCAAACUUUAGCCUCUUGUGAUGACCGGUACCUAUCGCCUUCAAAUGAUACAAGAUUUUUCACGUAUAAUUAGACUAGCUAACGAAUACGUAUAUUAUCGACACGUUCGGCUCAGAGGAACUGGUUCUUAUCGAGCGACGAGAAUGCCACGUUACAAUUAAUCCUGCUCAUAGAUUCUACUUAAUUGAACCGUGAGAGGUCGACGUCUGAGAUUUUUCUUAUGUCGUGUUUCUGUGCGGGGGAUGUUUAUAUUAUCGUGGUGUUUUUAUUCUUUCAUUAUUUAUUUGUUUCUUUAUUGUACGGACGUUUGUUGUAUGUAGCAUAAUAGGUAUUCUAUGAUUCAUUGGAACACUAUUGUGUUAUAUUAUAAGUAAUGUUGAUUAAUUUUAAGAACAUUUUUUAUUAUCUUAUAACAAGUGGUAUCUUGUAAAUAAUGUUGAUUAAUUUUAAGAACAUUUUUUUAGAGUCAUAUACAUAUUUCUUAUGACCCUUACAAAUUUUGCCAUUUUAAUUCUGAAAUUACAUAUUUCUAUAAUCUACAAAAUAACAGCUCGCAUUCCUUUUAUUUUAAAGGGAUGUUUCAGUAUCAUUACUUCUUCCUGAAUUAUGUAUUAAACAGUAUUCUUCGAAUACUCAUUUAUUCUCCCAACAAUUUUAACACUAAAAAACGUUAUAGAGCGACUGACGCAAUUUCAUUUUAGAAAUUAAAAAUGAUAAAAGAGACCAAUUUCGUGCGAACAAAAUUUAGGUAGAAUGUAAAAACAUUUUACCUAUUUAAUUUAUUUAACCUAUUUUUAUUUCGAAGAAAAAGCAAAGAGAAAGUUUAAUUUUAUAUUUUCAAUCUAUACAUUUCCCGGAGGAAUUUAUCAUUUAUUCUGUACCUUUCAUUUAACUUAUUAUUUCUAGCAUUCACAAUCACAAUCUCGCGUAAUCCAGUACAAGCUCAAAAAAUUCCAGAUAGAAUCCUAAAACGAGAUUCCAUCUCAGAACGCGACCUCUCGGGGAUUGAGAUCGCGUUUCACGCGACGAGGAGAGAAACGGGAAUCUCGAAGCGUAAUUAUUAUGCCGCACGUUGAUCGUCGUAAAUAGGAAGAGUUCUAAUUAUAAUAUGCAUACAGGAACACAGGCCUUUGUAAAACUCCUUUUAGAAAGCGCAAGAAGAGAACGAAUAUUAUAUAUAAAUAUAUAUAUCGCGUUAACGAGUAACGAAUUAAUUUAAGAGCCGCCACUGUUCAACCGUAAUUAACCGAUUAAAAUCGUUGACGCGUGCGUUGGAAAGAAAGAUUUCGAAGCUUCACGAUAGGUAUCAAAAUGGUACCCGUUAGAAGACACGCAGAGCGUUCUUCGCUUCGAAUUCUUUGCAACUCACGGGCACAGGGGGCGGUACAUUAUCGAGACAAUCCUAAUAACGUGUCAAUACUAAGGAAGAUCGUUUCAAUUAAAUAUAUUCUACGUACUAUGUAAGCGAUAUACGACGGGCUGCGGUACAUCGAUCAAAGAAGCCGUUCCGCCAACGCGUCCGUUAAUUUCGAUGUUGCGACCAAGUAUGAUCUGCCCAAAGUAACUUUCAUUCGAGACGUGCCAAUUGUUUUUUACACUUUUACAGACCGUGUUUUUUACAUCUGUCGUGUGCCACGGCAGUAUAGCUUUUCAAAUCGUUGACACUUUCGUGCGUUAAGGAAAUCGGAAACGAUUCUUUAAUUUGCAUCACUUUCACACGGCGAAGCGUCUCGGGCCGUAGACUUUUUUAGAGAGCUGACGGGGAGAAGGCGCGGAAACGACAUUCACCGAUUCGAUCCACUUUUUUUCUUGUUUCGGAAUUUGAAACGAGCGCGAAAGGAUACGUGCGUGAGCGUUUGUAGGUAGAGACGAAUUUGGAUUAUUUCACUGUUCGAGGAUUUUGAUUAUUUAAAGUGAAUAAUUUAUAAUAUGUCGGUAUAACGACGAUAGAUUCGGGGUAGUGGGAUGGAUUAAGGGUUUAAUAGAUGGGGUCAGGUUGAAUAGACGCUUGAGUAGUCGCUUAAAGACAAGAAACCACUCUGAUUUGAUAUGCUUAUAAAAAUAUUUCACCUAUUAUUUCGGAAGAAUUGAAUAUGUAUAAGGUAUGCACAUAUCACUGAAGUACAAAAAACAUUUUCAUUCCAUCAUCAAUUGAAUUACAAUGUUUGCUCAAUAAAAAUUUCUCUCAUCCUUCGAGUUUGAAAUUCGAAUUUUACUGUCGGUUACCUCCGAUUCUGAAGACUAUAUAAGUUCGUGGAUUGGUUACAAAUGUUCAGUAAUCGCUGCAAUUGAUUUGCCGGAAACGUUGGAACACCUUGUCGAUGGAAAUUUACAAAAGCAAUGAGUAAACGAAAGAAAAGGAAGGAAUUUGAUUUGUCCUGUCGAUUUCUUUCUGAUGGUUCCUUUUUUCGCUACAAACGCUCCAGCGCCUGUUCCCUUCGUUUUAGACUCGCCGAAAGGGACGAAUCGAUCGAAAUUGUUGUCGCCGCGGCCUCUUCCUGUAAGUAUGGCAGUUUGAUCAAGUCUGUCUUUCCUUUUAUAUAUCCUGUUUGCACGGUGUCAUGCGCUUGAGAAAUCCCUACGGCGGUUAUUGUUCUCACGGCCGAGCCUCGAAUGCAUCCAGCUGCGAUGAGACCGUUCGCUGUUCGUGGAACGAGACUCCGCAUUACUUACCGAAAUCUCCGUGUAUGCUGUUUUGUUUUAACUCUUUUUCAUACACGAUACUUGUACUUACCUUGAACACCUCGGCUGAACCCCGUUUCGGAACCGUCUUACGCUUAGGUGCAAAUGGAAUUGAGAAAUUGUUGUUUUUUCGAUUUUGUGGCUGAGCUUCUUAGGCGUAACCUCUGUUCUAGUGCCUAAUUUUCCAUUGUUUCUGCGGGGAAUGAGACGUUCGAGGAGCAUCGUGUGUCACUGGGAAUGAUUUUGUUGAGAGAGAACGAUUCUUUUCAGUUCCGGGAAAACUCUCCCCUUUACGUUGUUACGAUAUCUCCCCUUACCACCAACCCCUGUUUUUGUUGGUAUUGGUAUUUACGCAAAUCUUAUUUAUUCACCCCUAAAACAAACUCUGUCCGCUGUUCUUUGUCAUUGUAUAGUGACGUAGAUAGACGAAGGUGGCGAGUAAAUGCUCAAGCUGACGAUAUUCUACACUUAACCCUUUGGGGACGCCGUUCUGUUUAACCCGUUGGACGCCAUUUUGGAACUCUCGCGUGCCACUCUCGUGUUGUUCUUUUCUGCGUGAAUAUUCGGUUGAUUUCGUGUGAAACAAAAUUGUCUUCCCUAUAGUGAACUAUUUUUUGAACAUCGUCCUAUUUUGAAUUAUAAUCGAUAAAUGCGAAGUAUCUCCUUAUGGGAUAAGACGGGUGUUUAAUAAAAAUAUAUUUAAUAAAUUUGAUAAAAAUUCUUUUUCAUAGAUUUGUACGAAGUAUGUAUGUUAUUUUUCCGUUCGGAAAUUGAGAAUUGAAGUAUUAGAGAUACAAGACAGUCGCCGAUGAUAGAGAGUAUGGCAACCUGGAGGUAUCCCGGCCUUCGACCGCAAAGGGUUAAUUAACAAAGUGCUUCCUGAGUGCGACUGAAACGGCCUUAGGCCGCCCUUGUAUCUUUUUCAACCAACUCCGCUUCUUUUUCUACUCCUGUAUCUCCGUUACUUUGUGUCUCUAUUUUAAAUUAUUUCGCGGGACAUGUGUAAUGUGUUUGGCCAUCGCGACUUCUAUCAUGCACUCGGUACGGCCGAGAAGAAUUAGCCAAAGUAUUCUUUGAAACAAUUGCAAAAUUCACGAAGGAAAAUAUUCCUAAGAAUCCUCUGUUAUUUUAAAACAUCAAGGAAAUGAGGGAAACGGAUACGCAAUAAGGUUUGGACUUACUUAAGGAAAUUGGAAUUAAAUUGAAAAGUAAUAUUGUAUUCAGAUAUACUGAAAUGGGAAUCGGCGCUCUAGUUUUUUUAAAGACGAUUUUAAUCAAAUAAAUUUCUGAACAAAAUUUCCUGGUAAAAGAAGUUCGAAGUAAAAGUAUUUUCCAAGAUUUAAUUAUUUUCUUGUUGCAAAAUGAAGAAUGAAUGAAGAUGGUAGAAGUCUAUAACUAACCAAGUUCAAUUUCUGAUUAUCAAUGUUUCAAAAAUAUAAACCUAGUAAUUUCCCUUGAUCUCUUAGGUCUGCGACUAACAUGAAAUUUUACAUAAAACGUUCGAGUGGACAAAGAAUUUAACAGUUUAGCAAAAGAGUCUCGAAGAUAUCAAUUUAGCAGCAAACAGUAUCAAUUCUCCUCGACGUUUACUUCAAAAAUUAACCUAAUAUUAAUCAAAUAACUAAAUCAACCCUGCAAAGAUUCUCCGAGGUUAAGGCACGCAAGGUAUUCAUCAGUAAAAAUAGAUAACCUUAAAAAAUAAGCAAAAGUAGUAUAUAAUCGAAAUGGCACGAGUAUUAUCAAUCCAAAAUGAAGAUUAUAUACUGGCCCAGAUCUUGUACCCAAUGUUAAUCGUCAGAAGAAGAAGACAGAUUGACGUUCCCAAGGGAAUGAAACAAUGAAAAGAAAGAAUGAUUCGAAAAGAAAAGUGAGAAGGAAAAAUAAAUUCGAUGGCAUAAUAGAAGUCGAUGUGUGGUUCGGUUCUGAUGGAGCAUGUGAUAUGUGUU